GGAAGGAAGGAAUUGAACCGUGUCUAAGAGCACCUGUUGACGUCCAGCAUGGCACAGAUAUGGCCACAUUGAGCUAUUAUUGAAAGAGGGGCAUACAAUUCAUUGAAAAUUCUCAUUGAGUCUACAUACAGUACUAGUUUGGAUCAUCAUGAAGGCGUCCAGGCUUGAUCCAUGUCUAGGCCUGUUUACCAGUGGCAUUGCAGAUCGUCUUUGUCUACAAAAUCCUUCACUUCAGCAAUGACUGCAACACCUUCAAAUCCCAGGUCAGAACUUGUGGCACAUUCCAGGAAAUCGCAGCUGAGAAGGAGCGUUUUCAAGCAUGAACCGGGCAUUUAACAGAAAAAAAGAUAAAUCAUGGAUGCACACUCCAGAAGCACUGGCCAAGCAAUUUAUAGCAUACAAUGCCAAGUUUCUGGGGCAAACAGAAGUUGAUCAGCCCAAAGGUACAGAGGUGGUGAGAGAUGCCGUCAGAAAGCUCAAGUUUCAGAAACACAUUAAGAAGUCAGAGGGACAGAAGAUCCCAAAAGUGGAAUUACAGAUCUCCAUCUACGGCGUGAAAAUAUUAGAUCCUAAAUCAAAAGAAGUACAGCACAACUGUCAGUUGCACCGGAUAUCCUUCUGUGCAGAUGAUAAGACAGACAAAAGGAUAUUCACAUUCAUUUGUAAAGAUUCAGAAUCCAACAAACAUCUCUGCUAUGUGUUUGACAGUGAAAAAUGUGCAGAAGAGAUAACUUUGACCAUCGGCCAAGCAUUUGACUUGGCUUACAAGAAGUUUUUGGAGUCCGGGGGAAAAGACGUAGAGACGAGGAAACAGAUAGGUGGCUUACAGAAAAGAAUUCAAGAUCUUGAAGCUGAGAAUUCUGAGUUGAAGAAGCAGUUGCAAGUCUUGGAGGAACAGCUGAUGAUUGCUCAAGUUCCCCCUCUUCUUCACAUUAACUCUUCUAAUGAGGACUAUAUGCUUCAGAGACCCUCAUCUCUCUUCUGGUGUCACAACGUGGCCUCGUUCUCUUGCCUCGAAAUCUCUUCUGUUACACUAACGCCAAUGAGCUCACCUGACUCUAACCUUUCUGCUGGUCUUCUGACUCCUCCACGUGCUAAACCGGCUUUGUUAAAGCCUCCCAGUGGAGCCAGUGUUCCUCACCCUCCUGGAAACAGCAUGUCCUCGAAGACGCCCACUGACAUAUUUGACAUGGUUCCAUUUUCUCCAAUGACCCCAUUGGUUCCAUUACCAGCAAGCAAUGGCUCGGCCCCUCCACCCCCUGCAAGGCCUACAGAGAUUAGGAGAGACCUGUUUGGUGCAGAACCAUUUGACCCUUUUACCUGCGGGGCAGCUGACUUUCCUCCCGACAUCCAGUCCAAGCUAGAUGAGAUGCAGGAGGGGUUCAAAAUGGGACUAACAGUGGAGGGCACUGUCUUUUCCCUUGAUCCGCUAGAAGGUCGCUGCUGAUGCCAAGAAGAAAGUUUUGUCACUUUCAUGUUAAACCAUUUGUAUUAAAGUGCCAAACUCGGGUUUACAGUCAAGAUGUCAAAGUCUUACCUUACUGUUUUUUAUGUAUUUGCAUUUUGAAUUUGGUUUACUAAAAGUAUAUUGAGAAAUCAGAAGCAGUAGAAUCACUAUUUUUGUAAGAACUAAGAAAAAAAAACUAGAAAUGUAGUUUUAACACCCCUUGCUUUUACUGAUUAUGAAGGAUGUAGAAAGUAUGUCCAAUUGCACAGUCUGUGGCAACGUUUCAUUUCUAUUAUCUAUUGCUAAUUCUUUAAGCUUGUGUUAUGCUUACAAGCUGCUGUUUUUAAUCUGUGGCAUAUUACAAUUCAUAAACACAUACAACGUUAUAAUUAUGUAGAGUUCCCUUGACAUAUAUUUUUUAACUUUAUUUUUAACACUUAGUACAUUACCAUACAUAAUAAUCACAUUCCUUUUGUAUCCAAUCACAUGUAAAAUUAUGAUAUUGUUUUUGUUAAUAGCAAUGGCUCUAUUAAAAUACAUAUUUUUUAACUGAGCAGCAGCGCCAUGAAUGGCAGGACUGGACUGUUUCUACAUUAACAUAUACUCGUAUUGCAGUUUAAUUUUAUAUUAUAUAUUUUAGUAUAUUCUUGCACAAGGAAGCACUUUGAAAGAGCUCUGUUCAUGUAUUAUUGUUAAUUCAGCCUUUGCUGUUGUAGUCAUUAAAAGAAAAUGGUACAUAUUCUCUGUUCUCUGUAUAAGUUAUGUUAUGUAACAUGUUUUUCUUAGAUCUUUAUUUGCAUUAAAUAAGAGACAUUGUAUGAA